AUGACAGAACCAACUUUGAAUUUCCAUAUACAAACCCAUCAAAACCAAUUCAAAAUCCCUCAUGAAUUGAUUAAGAAGAAUUUUAAACUUGUGCAAAAGCUAAUUGAAAAGCAAAGGAAACAACUACUUGAUGAUAUUAAUAAGAUCAAGAAAUGUAAAACUACAUCACCCAGUUUUAAAUUAGAAUUAAUUCAAAAAUUGAUUAGGAAUUUUGAAAGUUUUAUGAAAAAACUACAGAAUUUUAUUACUAAAGAUGAAGAAUUUCGAUCAAGAUUACUUGCAAGGUUAGAGAAUCUAGCUGAAUUACAACAAUAUGUGAUAACCAAUAAUGACAAUCAAGACGGACAAAAUCACGAAGAAGGUGGUGACAACAACAAUAACACUACCACUACCGAUGAUGAUAAAUUAUUGGAUUUCCAUAAUCCUAACUUGAUAAAUUGGUACCGUGAUCAAACUAAUUUACUUAUAGUUGAUUACCUAAUUAAAUCAAAUACAAGAACUAAAUUUAAUGAUAUGGGAGAAGACGAAGAACCAGAAAACAUUGGACUAUUAUUAUUAAAGAACUUAUCUAAAACAAAUCCUAAAUUGUUAAAAUUGAUUGAUUAUGAUUUAUUAGAGAAUUUCAACAAAGUGUUUGUUUCCAUUAUUAAUAAUCAUGAUUUAUCUUUGAUUGUUGCUUGGUUUAAUGAAAAUAAAAAUCUUUUGAACAAAAUCAACUCCAAUUUGGAAUUUGAAAUCAAUUACUGUAAAUUUUUGACAUUAAUUGAGAAAGGUGAUAUCAAUGAGGCAAUUAAUUAUUCACGGGAAAAUUUAUCUGCUUAUGGUAAUAAAGAAAAUUAUCAGCAAACACAAGCUAGUAAUGGUAAUAACAGCACUACUAAUGGAGAUACAAGUAAUGUCAAUCAUCUAACUGAUUUGGAAAGAUUAAAAGGGUUAGGAGGAUUGUUAGUAUUUAGAUCAAUGGAAAGUAAUAACCACAAUGAUUUAAAUAACUCAAAUUCAAAUGAUAUUCCAUUAUCAAGCAAAUUAAUGCUCAACUCAACUCCAUUCAAAGAUUAUCAAAAACUAUUAUCAAACGAGAGAUGGGAGAGUUUAGCCCAAUGUUUUAUUGAGAACUUUACUAAGCUAUACGGAAUAAGUAAAAAUUUCCCAAUCUAUAUUUAUCUUUCUGCUGGGUUAUCAAGUUUAAAAACAAAGUCUUGUUACCACAAUGUUGAAAACACUAUUUUCAAACAUUUCGUUGGUAAGGAUACAGAUGAUGACGGCGAUGAGAAGUUGGUAGAUGAAGAGGUAAUAGAUAGGAACUUGUCAUUUGUAUUGGCAGAAGCAACUACCAGCAAUUCUGGUAAACUGUUAUUGAAUGAUCCAAAAUAUCGUGGUCCAAAUCAUUAUUACAAACUUUUAAAUAAAAUUAACAAUUGUCCAAUUUGUUCUCCAGAAUUAUUCAAAUUAAGUCAAAACUUACCUUAUGCACAAUUGAUUACCAGUAUAUUCAACAAUCCGUUCAAAUUACCCAAUGGUAAUAUAUACCCAUUUGAUAAAUUAUUGGCUCCAACAGAUAAAUAUUUAUCGGAAAAGAAUACAUUAUUAAGAGCAAAUAAAGUUAAAGAUCCUUUAACAAGAGAAAUAUUUACCAUAGAUAGUUGUGUAAGAGUUUUCCCAGCAUAA